CUUGUACUAUAUUACAAGAUGACAUUAACGUCCAAACUAGGAUUUUUGCCAUUAGGUUUCCAUGAUAACCGAACACAUGGAGAAGUCUUGCUUGACAUGUUGCUUUCCGUUCUGGAUGUGCAGCUUUCCUUUUAAGGUCGAGGAUGUCGCCAGAGAAACGGGGUGUGUGGGCUAAUUCAGUACGGGUCGGGACAUGUGUGUCAGUGAAAGAGUGCGAAUCCCAGGGAGGGUCCCACUGGUUGGUGCCAAUCAUCGAUCCAACACAAGAUCGAGUGGAACAUUCUUGCCCACGAAAAGGAAGGAUCCACCAUGACCAUGGAUAAUGUUAAGCCAGAGGGAAAAGACGACAAUGUGAAGGUUGUGGUUCGAGUGCGACCGUUGAAUGGUCAGGAAAUCGAGGAGAAAUAUGCGGUCGUGGUCCAGGUGGAUCAGAUCAAUGGCGAGGUUCGCCUUGAGCCUCACAUGAGUGCGUUUAGUACUAGCAUGAGCCGAGAGAGCCCGGCUAAAGUGUUUGCCUUUGAUAACGUGUUUGGUCCGGAUUCCACCCAAUUGGACGUGUAUAAUCGGGUGGCUCGACCGAUUGUAGAAAAUGUGAUACAAGGUUAUAAUGGGACCAUUUUUGCUUACGGACAGACUGGCACAGGCAAAACUUUUACCAUGGAAGGCGAUCGAGCCAUUCCCGAGAUGAAGGGCAUCAUUCCCAACUCAUUCGCACACAUUUUUGGUCACAUAGCCAAAGCCGAAGAGAACAUCAAAUUUCUGGUUCGGGUCUCAUACCUGGAAAUCUACAAUGAGGAGGUCCGGGAUUUAUUGGGGAAAGAUCAAUCACUCCGACUGGAGGUCAAGGAGCGCCCCGAUAUCGGCGUGUAUGUGAAAGAUCUCUCAGCAUUUGUGGUCAAUAAUGCCGAUGAUAUGGACAAAGUCAUGACCAUGGGUAACAAAAAUCGUAGUGUGGGCGCUACCAAUAUGAACGCCCAUAGUUCCCGGAGUCAUGCCAUUUUCACCAUCACCAUUGAGUGCUCCGAAAAGGGUCAAGAUGGUCAGCAACACUUCCGUGUAGGUAAACUUCAUCUGGUGGAUUUGGCCGGGUCUGAAAGACAAAGCAAGACCGGAGCCACCGGAAAACGAUUGAAGGAAGCGACCAAGAUUAACCUGUCGUUGUCCACUUUGGGGAACGUGAUCUCGGCUUUGGUGGAUGGGAAAAGCUCGCAUGUGCCAUAUAGGAAUUCAAAGCUCACCAGGUUACUCCAGGACUCGUUGGGAGGGAAUUCCAAAACCCUUAUGUUUGCUAAUAUUGGGCCCGCCGAGUACAAUUAUGACGAAUCAUUAAGUACCUUACGUUACGCGAGUCGAGCCAAGAGCAUCAAGAACCACGCCAAGGUCAACGAAGAUCCCAAAGACGCACUCCUGAAACAGUACCAGAAGGAAAUCGAAGAGCUCAAGAAGCUUUUAGAGGAGGGGAGCGAUUUAUCGGGAAGCGAGGAAGAAGGUUCGGAAGACGAGCAGCAGGAUGACGAUGAUGUUAUUAUCGAUGGCGAGACCAAAUCUCCUAAGAAGAAGAAGGAAAAGAAGACGCAUCAUUCGGAACAAGAUCUCGUGGCCAUGAGGGCUCGAAUUGAAGAUGAACGGAAACGCCUCCGGGAAGAAAAGAACAUGGCCGAGGAGGAAAGAAAUGGGGUCGAAGCCACUCUCAAGCAACACGAGGAGGAACUCGGAAAAGCUCAGUCAGAGUACGACUCCAUGAGGCAAAAGCUGUUGGCUUUGGAGAAGAAGAUCAUUGUGGGAGGCGAGAAUCUCUUGGACAAGGCUGAGGAGCAGGAGAAGCUCUUGGAGGAAUCCGUCAAAGAGCUAGAGGAAACCAUCAAGCGGGAGAAUGAACUCAAACAGACACUUCAGCAAAGAGAGGCCGAGAGGAUGGACAUUGAAGAACGAUACACCAGUCUUCAAGAAGAAGCAGCGGGCAAGUCCAGGAAACUGAAGAAAGUGUGGAACAUGUAUCAAAGUGCCAAAGCCGAACUCAAUGACCUCCAAGGCGAGCAACAACGAGAGAUGGAGGGCCUCCUUGACAAUGUUCGUCAACUAACUCGAGAACUGCGCCUCCAAAUGCUGGUAAUUGAUAGCUUCAUACCCACCGAAUACCAAGAACUCAUUGAGCGGAACGUCGAAUGGAACGAAGAGAUCGGCGAAUGGCAACUCAAAUGUGUGGCCUACACGGGAAAUAACAUGCGGAAGCGAUCGCCUAGCGGGGAACGGGACCGGGAUUUGAAUGACAGCGAUUUGUCACACGUCUACAUGAGUUAUUCACCUGAGGCUAAUCAAGUCCGCCCAAGAACGGCCAAGAACAAAGCUGGCCGCCCCAAGAGUUCCAGACCCAAAUCCCGACGGUAAUUGUGGUAAUCAAAGAUAAAUAGCCUAUCGGGUAACAAUAUGUGUAUGCAUACACGUGAUAUUCAUUCUGUGGCAUUCCUCAUUUACGAAAUAUACCAUUCCCAUCCAUGUUCACAGCCUUUGCUUCAGAUUAGCUAUGGAGGGACCGGUCCUUUGCUGCCACCACUUGCCCUUGUUAGGAUCAAUGUUGGCCUUCAAAUCCAAUUGGGCUUCGGAGCCACAAAACAUGACAAACUUAUCGGCCAGUAACGAAAUCUCAAGAUCACCAUGCAUUUCCACUUCUUCGUUGUCGAGGUUGAAAAAGUACUCGCGACCUUGGGCAAAGUCCGGCUGAAAGUUCAGGCGAAUGCGAUCAGCUUUUUGAUGCACAAAUGGCGUUUCUAAUUCGUCCGUGGUGUUCGAGCCUUGUUCUCUGGCGUACCCUUCGGACACAAA